UCGAACAUAGGCAGUUCUGAGGUUACAUUACAAUUUGUUUUACCAAAACACCUUUCAACAAAAUAAGGCUGUGAGAAGAGACAACGAGAGACUGUCAAGCAUGGAUGCCACAUCUACAUUCAUCAAAUCUGUAACCAAGCGAGUGUGGUCUCCGCCACAGCGCCCCUUCAGAGUGUGCUGCCACAACAGGGAGACCAGGAAGGGCAUCACAGCCGGGACCCUGGAGGAGCUGAAGGACAGGGUGUGCCAGGUUUUGCUGCUGUCCCUGUCUGCCGUGUCUCUGUCUCUGGUUUGUGAGGAGGACGGCACAGAGGUUGACUCCGAAGAGUUCCUCAUGACCCUGCCCGACAACACCAUGCUCAUGGCCCUGCAGCCCGGACAGACAUGGAGACCACAGCCAGGUUCAGUUGUGCUCAAAUCUCAAGACCACAACAAGCCUCGGACCGGGAAGGACAUAGCUCGUGUCACCUUUGACCUGUACAAGAUGAGUCCAAAGGAUGUCUUUGGCUCCCUGAGUGUGAAGGCCACAUUUCAAGGCAUUUACUCUGUGAGCGCUAACUUUCAGUGUCUGGGGCCCAAGAAAGUCCUCAGAGAAGCCCUGCGUGUGGCCUCCACCCUCCUACACGCUGCUGGACACCUGCUUAUCACCUCCGCCUCCAUGAUCCGCCGCAUUAUCGAAGGCGCUGAGCUCUGGCAGCCACAGAGGGGAGAGUACACCGCCAGCUGGAACUGACGGGGCCGAGAGAGACCUAUG